ACAAAAUUAUUUAUCAAUCAAUUAAUCAAGAAAAAUGUGUGAGCGUUAAGAAGCACAAAAAAAAAAGAAAAAACACAGAAAAGUAUAACAUACCUUGCAAGUGCCGAGAACAUUAUGCCGCUUUUGGUUGCCCAAAGAAACACACAUAAUGGAGUGGGUUCUUCAUUAGAUCACCAAUCCUUGAAAAGUGAAAGUAACAAGAGUAAGAAUUUUAACGCGCAACAUUUGAUCCAAAAUAUCAUCGCGUCCGAUAAACCGCAUCAAGCAUUGGAUUUUACCAUGUCAAAGUCAUCGUCAUCUGCUUCGCCAUCGCCUCCGCCGUCGCAUCAAUCCCAACAGCAACAACAACCUCCAUCGUCGACGGCUGCUGCUUUGUCGUCGCAUCAUGCGUUCUACCGGCAACUUUAUGCCGCUGCCGCUGCAAACGUCGACGCCGCUGACAAACACGACGAAUUACGAAGCAAUAAUAAUAAAGUAAAUAAUAUAUCAAGGAACAACGAUCAUCAUGAAGAUGAUGAUGAUGACGAACAGCAACAGCAACAACUGCAAAACAACCAGCAAGAGCAAGAGUCAAAUAGUGACAAUGAAACGAAUGAUAAGCAAUUUAAUGACUCGCACAACAAGAAACACAGCAAACCAUUAUGGUUAAGCGAGAACAAGAUGCCAUGGCAUCACCAAAUACCUGUAACAUCAUCGACAAUUAGCAGUACAUCACCCAUCACAUCGUCUCCAUUAAUUAAUGCUACCAGUUUAAUGACAUUGCGAGAGAUGAUGUUGCAGCAGCAUCAACAACAACAGCAACCAAAUCAAAAUAAUCUUGUAGUACCUAACUUACCAGCGACAAUUACAUCAUCUGCGUCGUCAGCUGUUAGUGGUGUCCCUCCCUCCUCCAAUACGGUAGCUGCACUGUUGGCAAACGUCAUGUCAUCCUCGUCGUCGUCGACGUCGAGUAAUCGACAACAACAAUCAUCUCCAUCGGCAAUAACACGUUCAAGUGUCGGAGUUCCCUCAGUCGUUGGCAGCUACGGAAAACAUCGAGACAAAUAUCGCAGUGACUUGACUAGCGGUGGCUGUCAUGAGACAGUUCGUGACAAAAUUAUGAGACAAAAACAACUACAGCAGCAGCAACAGCAACAACAACAACAACAAAGGCACGAAAGUAAUGAUGGUCGAAAUCGACGACGAGACGAUAAUCGAUUAAAAUCAGAUCUUCCUAUCAGUAGAUUAUCAAAGACACCAUCGCCAGCGCCGUCACAUGAUUACGACAGCAAUGAUGGCAGCGGCAGCGAACGUGGUCGUUCAAGAAGUCCUCCGCCUGUGAGAAAAGAAAGACAUCAUGAUAGACCAUCCGCUUUAAAUUUGGUAACUGAUUCGUCGCGACACACGCCGUCACCGUCCCCCGUUCCCUCAAACACGUCGUCGCACCAUCAAAAUAACAACUUGAACGUUGCUGCACUCGCAGCGCUCCAAAGCCAACUUCCGCUGGCAGCUCCUUUGUUCCUACAAAACCAACUUAGUCAGUUGAGUGGCUUGAGUAAUUUGUCGUCGACAGAUUUGAAUGCGUUGCAAGCGGCGUUACAGCAGGCGCAACAAGCCAAUUUCCAACAACAAUUGCAAAGUUACAUGCUGAUGCAGGGACAGGGCAACUCGCAAGUGGCUCAGGCUCAAGUUGCGCAACUUUUGAUGCAGAGUCAGAUCCAACAAGCGAUGGCUCAAGCAACGCAACAACUCCAAUCACUCCAAAAGCAGCAACAACGCGAACACCUGAAAAACAGUCACACACCAACAUCGGGUCAUCACAGCAACUCUCCGCUUCACAGUCCCUCCGGAAGCCCCGGCAUUCACAACACCGCGCUUUCGGGCAACCAAACGACACCUCCCAACGUUGCGAGUCUCAAUGUCGGCGGCAUCCUCACGCCAUCGACACCCGGUUCGGGCACUCACACCCCCCAAAUGUCAAAACACGCCGCGGCGCCCCGCACUCUCGAACCAUCGCCCGAAGAAACCACCGAUCUCGAAGAGUUGGAACAAUUCGCCAAGACCUUCAAGCAACGUCGCAUCAAAUUGGGCUUCACGCAAGGCGAUGUCGGACUCGCAAUGGGCAAAUUAUACGGCAACGACUUUUCCCAAACGACCAUAUCACGUUUCGAAGCACUUAACUUGAGUUUCAAGAACAUGUGCAAACUGAAACCGCUGCUGCAAAAAUGGCUCGAAGACGCCGACAGCAGCAUAUCGAAUCCGGGAGGCAGAAUUUUUGGCACUGCUGCGAUGGUUAAUCCGCUGACGACGCCCGAAACGAUGGGAAGACGACGCAAGAAGCGAACUUCGAUCGAAACGUCAGUUCGGGUCGCCCUGGAGAAAGCUUUUAUGGUGAAUCCGAAGCCGACGAGCGAGGAAAUUACGCAUUUGGCGGACAAUUUGUGCAUGGAGAAGGAAGUUGUGCGCGUUUGGUUCUGCAAUCGACGUCAAAAGGAGAAACGGAUAAAUCCUCCGCCAGGUGGCGUCAUGGAUUCGCCCGAACAAAGUUUAUCGGGGGCCUCGGGAAGCAUGUUUUGUUUGCCGCCCAUGGGAAGUCCCUCGCCGCACGUUUACUCACCAAUUGGCGCAGGCAUCAAACAGGAAUGACCGCACACCUGGAAUCCCCUGACAAUUGACACACAACAACAUUCGCCGCCGCAUCGAGAGAACGGAGCGUUGCUCAGAAUGUUCUAAAAAAAAACGAAAAAUCGCAUAUCAUGAACCUCUCUCGAAUCGAAUUUUUAAAAAAUUCAUGAAAAAAAGUCCGAUUCGACAGCGAUUCAAAAAAAUGUACAGAUUAGUUUUAAAAUAUGGUCCAAAAAUCAUCAAAAAAUAUUAAUGUUGUGUUUAAAUGACGUGAAAACCCCCCAGUAUCGAUGUGCAAUUGAAUUCCGAUGACGCGCCAACGAGUCAACGACCGAAUCUGAAACCCCCUUUUGAUGUCUGGUACUUUUCCAUCUUCGUCAAUAGCUUAGUUGUGACCGAUAUACAAAUUUUUUGUAUGAAAACUGUUA